ACGUGGAUUUUUUUUGGUUUUUUUUUGAGAUGGGUUGUCCCUGCUCCAAGCAGCUGGACAACAACAACAAGGCACGGACCAAUCCGCUGCAGCAGCUGAAGGCAGCCGAGGCGCCAGCAGCGUUGGGGGGACGGGCUCAGCAACGACGCCGUCGACGGGAGGAGAAACGACAACGGCAGCUGGCCAAGCUGCAGAAGCGCAACGCACGCAAGCGACGUCAUCAGCUGGGUACAGCCAACGGCAGCUUGCGUCGCAGCCGCAGCCACAGCCAUAGCCACAACCACAGCCAUGGCUCGGUCAGCAGCGUGACGCCACAGUUGCGUCUGCGCGGUGGCAGCAACGGCAGCACAGCCACCGAAUGCAUCAGCGCACUCUACGCCCGCAGUCUGGAGCAACAGCGCGAGGAGCAGCAGCGACUGAUUGAGUUGCGCACUCGACAGCAGCUGGAGCGGCAGCUACACACGUUCCUUCUCAAUCAGCUGCUGCUGGGCAUGCAGUUCUUUGGUCACUUCGAGCACGAACUGGCCGCCAUCGAUGAGCAGCUGCUGGCCAAGCAACGUGCUUGCGCUCAAACGCUCUCGGAGCACAGUUUGCUCCAUGCCAACGCCAUCGAUGCGGCGGUGGCGAAGCGAUUGCUCUUUAAGCCCAAUCAGGGACAAAACCACAACGCAACGCCUGCUGAACCGCUGCAGAAACCGCUUACAUACGUGGUGUUCGAGAACGUGGACGUCGCUCGUCCGAACGACGCCAACUACGACUCGAUAGCGGCGCUGUGCAAGGUGCUGCUGGAGACGGACUACUACACAACGACGCCCUGUCGCAUGCAGUACGUGCAGCUGCUGGAGCAGGCUCGUUGGAUGGGCUAUGUGCGACUCAAGCUGCGUGAACCGGCGCCCAAUAUGCCGCGCAGUCCGCGCAGCGGGACCAGCGAAGCCGCCGAAAGCGAUGCGACACCGACGACUGUGGCAGAUAACGAAGGCAUUUACACGGAUGCCAGCAGCAGUGGCUACAGCACCGGAGUGGGCGUGGCUGGCUCAGGGCGAACCAGCUGGGAUGAGGGUGAUUAUGAUCACGUGUACAUAGCACGCUUGAACACGCAGCGUUCGUUGGCCGAGCUGCAACUUGAAGGACGUGUCCUGCUGCAGCGAAAUGUGCUGCCCGAGGAAUGCGUGUGUCGGCUGGGCAGCUGUUUGCCCGCCUGGCUGGAGCAGAGCGAUGACGAGGAUGAACUGGAGUCCAGUGAUAGCGAGCAGGAGGUGCAGGACAGCAAUCGUGGCAGUGGCUACGAGACGGUUCAGGUGCUGCGUCAGUGUCGCGUGGAGCAGCUGCGUCGUCGUGCGCUGCUCCAGCAAUGCUAUCUAAGCUCUCAGCGUUUCAUGCACUACUUCGGUCAGUUGUUGCGCCAACAGCUGGCCCAACAGUUGGACAUUAGCAUGGAGCAGCUGGCCACAGCCAGCUAUCGUGGUUGCAGCAUAUACACCAGCAAUGAGGAGCUGGUGCCCGCCAUUCAUGUGCCACACGGUUGGCCGGACUGCGCCUUCGAGUUCAAUUUGCGACAGCGCGGGGAGGGAGAAUCGAGAAUCGAAUGGCCUACGCUGCAGAUGAGGAAACGCAUUCAAUCGUUUGGCUAUCAUGUGGUGCCCGUGGGAUAUGCACCGAAGCAUGCGCGGAAUCCCUUUCGGGAGCUGGAGUGGCGCAUCAUAUUCCCGCAGGCGGAACAGUUUCUGGAGCGGCAAUUGUCACGCAUGCAACUGAAGUUGCUGCUGAUGCUGAAGAUCAUGGUGCGCAGCUGUGUGAACGACAAAUGCCAGGCCAUGGGACACAUUGUGGAUCAGCUGCGCACACAUCUCUUCUGGCAAUGCGAACGUGAUGCAAGUGGCUACAACAACAGCAACGAUUGGUCUGAGGAGUUUCUGGGCGAGCAGCUGGUGCGUUUUGUGCGCAGCUUUGCCGACUGUUUGGCCAAGAAACAGCUGUCGCAUUACUUCAUCGAGCGACGCAAUCUGUUCGAGCAUGUGCCCGAGGAUGCGCUGAUGGAGCUGCGCGCCAUCAUGGCCGGCAUCGCAGAGCAGCCGCUGGUCCAUGUGCUGCAAGCACUGCGGCAGCUUCAACAUGCCGCCGACUUUUAUCCCAAGCUCAACUAUGCCCAGCUGCUGGAGACACUUGUGGCCACCGACUACUUGCAGCUGCGCAGCAAAGCCAAGUUCACGCGACAAACGUUGCCCACUUGCGUAGAGCAGCAAGGGGCAACUGCAGAGCACCUGCGAGAGGAGGAGGAGGAAACACCUAGCGCCGCACAGGGUUUGCUGGGCAUGCGACAGCAUCAGGAGCGCACGCGUGGCAAGCUGCGACGCAAGACGCAACUGCUGCGCGCCCAGCAGCUGCAGCUGGCCGAGCAGCGUCGCAACUCGGAGGAAUCCCUCACCCAGGACAUGCCACUGUUUGUGCCACGCAUGUCGCACGUCUCGCAAGCAUCGAGUGAUAGCUCCACAUCCGCCUCCGCCUCCGGCACCGGCGCCGGCAACACACUGCAGCUCAACGAUGGCGUCGAGAUACUGCGACGCACCAAUCUGCUCGAGCUGCUGCUCGACCAUCAGUUGUCCAUGCUGGCCAAGGCCACCGAGUACCGCAAUGCCCAACAUGGCCAGCUGUACUUGACGCAGACGCAGCGUCUCUGUCGCCUCUAUCAACAGCUGGGCUGCUCUCAGCACGCUCAGCAGCAUUAUGCCCAGGCCAUUUGCCAGGCAGCUAGUCAACUGGAGCGCAUCCUCCUCAACGAGAGUCCGCGAGAGAGCUGCAGUGUCGCUUCCCCCAAGUUCGUGGAGCAUGUGGUGCAGUUGCACACGGCAGAAGUGCAUCUGCAUCCCACGUCCUCCCCACCCAGUACUAACCCCACAACACCCCCACCUCCCACUCCCACUCCCCCAACAGAUAAGGCAACUGUCGAUUCAGCGGUGAGCGAAGCACCACCUGUUGCUGGCCCUGCAACAGCGGCGGUGCAGAAGCUGGAAACUCUGUUGCAGCGCAUGCAACUGGAGCCACCGGCGGCACUGCAAGCCAUCGGCUCCAAGACGGAGCAGCUGGUGCAGCAGCUUGAGCUGCGGGACUUGCUCAAACGACACACACAGAAGCUGAAGAGCGCCUUCAAUUAAGAAUCUGGGAAAUUUCAGCAUAUUAGCUGUAAUCAAUCAUUGUGACUUGUCCUAGCUUCUUAUCAACACUUUCUAAAAAUAACUUUAACUAUAAUUAACUUGAUGUUUUUCGGUACUUUAAAGUUAGCAAUAUAUUCUACUAAAUGGCGUUUAUCUAU